AUGCUGACAGACGUCAAAACACAGAAUUUGGUAAGCCAUUCAUUCCCCUUAGUGACACUCAAGGGAAAGGUUGUUCUGGUAGUCAACACAGCAUCAAAGUGCGGCUUCACCCCGCAGUACCAGGGACUUGAGGCUCUCUACCGCGAAAUUUGUGCCGAAUCUCCGGACAAGUUCACUAUACUCGGCUUCCCUUGCAAUCAGUUCGGUGAGCAGGAGCCGGGCGCGGGUGAUGAAAUCGAGCAAUUCUGCGUGGUCAAUUUCGGAGUCACAUUUCCGUUGCUAGGAAAGGUCAACGUUAGAGGGGAAGAGGCGGAGCCCUUGUUUGAUUGGAUCAGGAAAAACAACCAUGAAUUGCUUGAAGACGCGGAGAUCAAGUGGAACUUUGAAAAGACGCUCAUUUCCGUAGAUGGGGAGAUCGUUGGUCGAUGGAGAAGCCAGACCACCCCGGGGUCCCUCCGCGAGGUUAUCCGCAGCGAGAUUGCGAAGACGAGCCGCUUAUAG